AUGUCAGUUUCUGAACGUAUUCACAGGCGGGAUCCGACUGUGGAUUUCAGUGCAGAAGCCUGCGUGGCUGGACAUGCCUCUGUCCAUCUCGUGUCUGUGCCCGUCCGUUACUCACUUGAUCCCGAAAACACCGGAUUCAUUGGCGUGGAGACCUUUGCCAGCCUGGUGCACAGCCAUGAGCUGCCUCUGGACCCGGCCAAGCUGGAGAUGCUGGUGGCCCUGGCUCACAGCAACGACGAGGGACAGAUCUGCUAUCAGGAGCUGGUAGACCUGAUCAGCAGCAAGCGGUCCAGCAGCUUCAAGCGGGCCAUCGCCAACGGGCAGAGGGCCCUGCCCCGGGAUGGCCUCCUGGACGAGACGGGCCUGGGCUUCUACAAGCGCUUCGUGCGCUACGUGGCCUACGAGAUCCUGCCCUGCGAGAUGGACCGGCGGUGGUACUUCUACCAGCACCGCACCUGCCCUCCACCUGUGUUCAUGGCCGUCGUCACGCUGACCCAGAUCAUCGUUUUCCUCUGCUACGGGGCCCGCCUGAACAAAUGGGUAUUGCAAACGUACCACCCGGAGUACAUGAAGAGCCCCCUGGUGUAUCACCCGGGACACCGAGCCCGUGCCUGGCGGUUUCUCACCUACAUGUUCAUGCACGUGGGGUUGGAACAGCUGGGAUUCAAUGCCCUCCUGCAGCUGAUGAUCGGCAUCCCCCUGGAGAUGGUGCACGGCAUCCUCCGCAUCAGCUUCCUCUACCUGGCGGGAGUCCUGGCAGGUUCCUUGACUGUCUCCAUCACCGACAUGAGAGCCCCUUUGGUCGGAGGCUCGGGGGGUGUCUACGCUCUAUGCUCCGCCCACCUGGCCAAUGUCGUCAUGAACUGGGCGGGGAUGCGGUGCCCGUACAAACUGCUCCGGAUGGUCUUGGCGUUGGUGUGUAUGAGUUCCGAGGUGGGCCGCGCCGUGUGGCUGCGCUUCUCCCCGCCGUUGCCCUCGUCGGGUCCCCAGCCCAGCUUCAUGGCCCACCUGGCAGGGGCGAUCGUCGGCAUCAGCAUGGGCCUGACCAUCCUCCGCAGCUACGAGGAGAACCUGCAAGACCAGUGCAGCUGGUGGGUGGUCCUCCUGUCCUAUGCCACCUUCUUGGUCUUCGCCAUCUUCUGGAACAUCUUCGCCUAUGACCUCCUCGGGGCGCAGAUCCCACCUCCCCCAUAG